AUUUAUUACUUUUAAAUGCGUAACCCCUAUUAUACGUUACUGGCACGGGCAUCAUCCUUGCUUGCAUACAGCACUUCUGCUGAGGAACGGUAACGCUAUAAGGAUUAAACGGAGAUACACCAAUAUAUAUGUCUGUCCUGAUGAUUACCUUGUAAGCAGCGCGCAUUUUUCGCAUCUGUCACAACAUGGACCUUGAGCACUUCAUCGGCAAUCGUGAGCUGCUGGAGAGGCUAUCCCGGGAGUACGAGCUUCUACAAGCGUCUGGUGCCGAAGUCGACUACGCCGCCUGGGUUCGGCAAAGGUUGCGAGAGGCAGCCGCAGAUGUAGCGGCGGCAUCCGUGGGUGCUAAGGCACAGGGCGCGGAAGCUGGAGGUACCUCGUCCCAACCGCAAGCCGAUGGCGAAUCCGGGGCAGAAGCAGACUGCACCCAGGGACAAGGCCAGGUCGCCGAAGACGCUAACAAGCAUCCAGAACAACUGUCUUUGUCCAGGAAUCCGGGUGCGCCAGCCACCGGUCAGUUGCCACGCCCGUUCACAGAUAGCCCGGGUGGUGUAAGACCAGAAACUGCAUGGUUCCUGCACGGUGAAGGGACGACGGGCCCAACCUCCCAGACGCUCACGGCCGCCAUUUUUGGGCCCACCACGACAGCGGCCACACAAGCUGUAGCUGCGACCGAAAAGCCUACAAAGGCGACGAAGAAGAACAAGCGCGUUAUCAUCAUAUCACCGCAGCGGUCGCCGGCCCGGCAGCCUCACACCUCCCAACCAGCGGCACAGCGACAGCAGCAGCAGCAACCUUUUCCUCCCGUGAGCAAACUGUACACACGCACGGAGCCGGGGUUGUUCAGCUCGCGACCCGACGCCUACGUGCACCCAGAGGCCCGGCCUCGCAGCUUGCCUCAGGCAGCCAGGCGACCGGACUGGGUCAACGCUGCCAGCUUGCAGGCAGCGCUCCGGGGCGCGUCGUCAGCCAUACCGCACCUGCAGGCCGCAGCUGAACGGGAGCGUCGCAUGGCCCUCUCCACCGCCCUAGCCCGCCAAACUCUGGCUGCCGGGAUGUCUCCCGAUGAGGCGCGGGCUGUAGCACUGUACGGCACGGUGCCCACCCCCGCUGCUACUGCGGCGGCGGCGACGCAAGCAGCCCAGUACGACCACGUGCUGCUGGUUGCGCAGCAGCUGGCGCAGCAGAACGAGCAGCUGGCGCGGGCGGUGCAGGAGAACAGCGCCCAGCUGGCGCAGCAGCAGGUCCUGUUGGAAUCCGCACUGAUGCAUCAACCUGGCACUGAGAACCCGACCUCAGAACCCGCCGCUUCUGGCACCAGCGCAGCUAACCCCGCCGUAGAACCUCCUCGGAUUGAAGUCGAGCCCGGCCCGCCGGCAUGGUUCGCUCGCCGUGCACCAGGCAGCGCAGCCGCCAGCCGCGGCGCCAGCAAGUCUCCCCAGAGACGCAGCCGGACCCGUAGCCCGCCCCUGGUCCGCCCAGCCGCAGCAACCGCAACCACAACCGCCUCUACUACAACUACCAAGGAACGCGACCGCGCGACUCGCAAGGAGGCCCUAAAGGCGCUUCUGAAGCAGGUGCUGGGUGGUGCGGGGCUGGCGGGCGGUGAGGAGGGCCGGCGGCGGCUUGCUAGCGGCAUGGCUGAGGCGGAGAAGCUGGUUGCGGCGAUCCAAACACUUGCAGUGGCACGGAAGACGGCGAAGAGCGGUAAGGGCAAGCCGCAGGUUGAGGCGAGUGAGGAGCUUGCGAUGGCAGCUGGGAAAGAGGCUGCGGUGGCGGCGCUGGCUUCGGUGGUGGCGGGUGGAGUGCACCCGAGGGCGCUGUCGCGGACAACGUCAACGUCGGGUGUCAUGGCUUCACGGCCGACGUCGCGUGCUGCAUCCCGGCAAGGUUCCGGUCGUUCCCGGCCUGCAGAGCCAGAGGCACAGCAGCUACCCAGCACCCAAGCACCCCCUGCAGCAGAUCCCAGCCCCGUUCCCCAGGCCGCCAUUUCCCCAGCGGCUGUACCGCCGCAGCCAACGCCCCAGCCAGGUCCAACACCGGCCGUGCCAGCCGCAGCCUGUGCCCCUUGCAGCUAUCCUGCUCCAGCUGUCCACGCCGUGUCUGCUGCUGCUGGCGGCGGCGGCAGUGUGUUCCUGAUGGAGUCCCUGGAGGACCAGGUGCAGCAGAUUGUGGAGCGGGACGCAGCGGCGUAUGCGGAGGCAGCACGGCUGCAAAAGAUCGACGCCUUGGAGCAGCGCCUGACGUGCAUGGUGGACAAGGUGGAGUCCAGGCUGGCACGUGCGCUGCAGCCGCUGCAGCUCAACGCUCAACAGCAACAGCCGCCACAGCAGCCUGGACAGGAAGGUGGCGGUUCGGCAGCGCUGGCUCCUGCGCAUGGCGGGGGCGGCGGUGCUGAGCCUGCCGCACAGGUGCUGAGUCCCCGCAGCGCCGGACUGUCGGUACUGGAGCUGCAGCGGAUGCUGAUCCAGAUCAACCGCAUGGAGAGCCAGGAACAGGAGGUCAGGCGCAAGUGGUUUCAAGACCCUGCCAAAGGACCCCGCCAACGCGUCACCAGCGCGCAACCCAUCGUGGUCCACGACGGCCUUCUGGGAUCCCUGGACCCCCCGCCGGCUGCUGCGGCAGCGGACGCCGCCCUCACCUCCGCCUUCGCCGCAGCCUCCACCUCCUCUCGCUCACCCUCACCGCCGCCGCCAGAAGCACCACACCUACCCUGCCGCUCUCGCCUCGCCCUCCCAACCAGCAACGCAACUCGCGCAGGUGCCGGCGCCUCCAACCCCUGGUCCUUUGCCCACGAGCCCACGGAACGCACCCUCGCGCUGCACAACGCUGCAGCAGCCGGCACCGGUGCGCCGCCAAGCACCUCCCUGCAGGCCGCGGACGGCACGGCGGCGUCAGCCAUGGCGGCGGGCGCAGGCUGCGACCCCAUCAGCGACGCCACGCUGGAGUCCGUGUUGCGGGGCCGGCGGCGCUUCCUGCGGGCGCAGCAGCUGGCGGAUGGGGACCUGUUGGUGGCAGCGGAGCCGCGGAGCCUCAACCCCGUGCAGGUGAUGGAGGACUUGACAGACGUGCUGUUGGAGGAAAUGCUGCGGGAACAGGCGGAAGACUUGCUGGGACUGUGCGACAGCCUUGGGGAGCACAUGGUCAAGGAGGAGUUCCAAGUACAGGAGCCGUAACCAGACCGCAAGUCUGGUCCCUGCAGAAAACGAUGGCCGCUUCGCAAAUUUGUGCCGAGUGUGUACUCUUUAUGAUGCUCUGCAGCUUAGUCAAAGCUGGUUGUCCCAUGGGUCGCGGCGACCAAUGCCCCAUCCUCGUCAGCCGCGCGCCUUUUUGUGUUGGACCUUAACCAAUGCACAAGCAGUCCGUCCUGGCUACUUAUACCUAUCCUUUCUUCUCUGUAAAGUCACAUUAGAGCUCUUACAACUACGCC